AUGCCAACAAAUAAUAUUGUUAUUGAAGAUAAAGAGAUAAAUGGAACACCGACGAUGAUGGGAUCUCUAAGUUAUGAAACACGUAGGUCGAUGGAGCCAAAGUCUCCAUCUCCACCUAUAAGACUUUCAUCAAGAUCAAAUAAUUCUCCAACACGAACUCCAACUACACCAUUGCCAUCAGAAUCACGUACUUCAUUAAAAUCAUCUCUAUUAACAACAUAUCAAACAAAUAUGGAAAGAACUAUUCGUUGGAUUCAUAAAUUAGAAGAUGAACUUGAUAAACAAGAUAAAAUUGUUACAAAUGAUCUUAAAAUUGUUAAAGAACAAUUUCAAAUACAUGAAAACUUUAUGAUAAAUUUAACCAAAGAUCAAAGUCAAAUAGGUCAAGUACUUGAAGAAGGUAAUCGAUUAUUAUUAAAAUCAACAAAUAUUGAUUUACAACCACGAGAAGAAAAUGAAAUAAAAGAACAAAUGAAAAUUCUUAAUCGUCAAUGGGAAUCAUUACGUUCAAAAGCGCUUGAUCGUCAAUCUACGUAA